AUUGCAUGGUACUUCUGUGCUGCAUUUGGGGUGUCAUUGAAGUGGAGCUCCAGUCUCCUGUGAAAAAAAUAAAAGCAGCUACAAAAACUGUAGCCGCUGAAUUUUAAAAAACAGCCAAUCAUCUGUCCUAGGAACCAGAGAUGUACUCACUGCAGCCAGGUUCACCGGCCAUCCUCUAUCCCUGGCAUCUUAAAUGUGGGCACCCAGCUGUGACAGCUUGUGGCUUCACAGCCGGGUUCACAGCCCACUGCCCAUGUGCGAGCAGCACUGAGCAUUGUGAAUGGUCCUGCAGUCCUCAGGGACCUGUCGUGUUCCAUAAGACUGCAGGGGGGGGGGGGGAGAACCUCCAUUUCAGGUCUCCUAGGUUAUUGCAGCAGAAGUGGGAGCAGAUACCUGUCAAAAUCAGGUAACACCCCCCCCUGAUCCCUAAAGGUGCCAAUCCUUAAUGGGGAUCAGGGAAUGAGGCCUUAAAUUGGAACUUCCCCUUUUGGGUGGAGCUCCACUUUAACUUAAUAUAGA